GCUGCGGCCGCCCAGCCGGACCCGGCGAGAGGCGGCGGCGGGAGCGGCGGUGAUGGACGGGUCCGGGGAGCAGCCCAGAGGCGGGGGGCCCACCAGCUCUGACCAGAUCAUGAAGACAGGGGCCCUUUUGCUUCAGGGUUUCAUCCAGGAUCGAGCAGGGCGAAUGGCGGGAGAUACCCCAGAGCUGGGUCUAGAGCAGGCACCCCAGGAUGCCUCCACCAAGAAGCUGAGCGACUGUCUCAAGCGCAUUGGAGACGAACUAGACAGUAAUAUGGAGCUGCAGAGGAUGAUCGCAGCAGUGGAUACAGACUCCCCCCGAGAGGUCUUCUUCCGAGUGGCAGCUGAGAUGUUUUCUGACGGCAACUUCAACUGGGGCCGGGUUGUCGCCCUUUUCUACUUUGCCAGCAAAUUGGUGCUCAAGGCCCUGUGCACCAAGGUGCCCGAGCUGAUCAGGACCAUCAUGGGCUGGACACUGGACUUCCUUCGAGAGCGACUGCUGGGCUGGAUCCAGGAACAGGGUGGUUGGGAUGGCCUCCUCUCCUACUUUGGGACACCCACGUGGCAGACAGUGACCAUCUUCGUCGCUGGGGUACUCACCGCCUCGCUCACCAUCUGGAAGAAGAUGGGCUGAGGCCACCAGCUGCCUUGGACUGUGUCUUACCUGAAUAAAUUAUGGCGUUUUUCUGGAAGGGAUGGGAUGGGGGCAUAUGGGGAUUUUUCUUACUUUUGUAAUUAUUGGGGGCAGGGGUGGCCUGGGAGGGGGGUAAUAAACCUCUUUUGGGCCACA